GUUGGUUGUUCUUUUGAUAGUCCAAGAGGGUCAGCGGUGCUGAGCACGUCGUGCGGAAUAAUCGAAGUAUGACGGGAAGGAUUGCCCUGUGGUGCCUCUUCCUCGGGGUCUGGGGCCCUAGUUUCGCGUGGGAAUAUCACGAGAGUAACAAUGGUUUCCAACAUACCCUCGGCCACUUGAAGCCCCGGUCUUCUCCGCAAGUUCAAGCGGAAGCUGCCGCCGAUUUGAUUUCUCGAAUAAUUGGGAGGAAUUCGAAGCUUUUCGUCGUGUCAAUUGAUUCUACGAUUGGCCCUGAAGGGCGUGACACUUUCAAGCUUUUGAAAAGCUCACUGGGAACACUCCACAUAACCGCAACGACGGGGGUAGCAGCAGCUUGGGGUUUCCACUUCUACUUGAAGCACUAUUGUAACGCUCACAUAGCGUGGGAGGGAAUGCAAGUGGAAUUACCCAACACAUUGCCCGAAGUUAAUGUAACAGUGACAUCGAACGACAGAUUUCGUUAUUACCAGAACGUGUGUACAGCUGGGUACAGUUCAGCCUGGUGGUCAUGGGAUCAGUGGGAGAAAAACAUCGACUGGAUGGCCCUCAAUGGCAUCAAUUUGGCACUGGCAUUUCACGGCCAGGAGGCCAUCUGGCAGAAGAUCUAUCUCGAAUUGAACAUGACGAGGGAGGAAGUUGAUGAGCAUCUCGGAGGGCCAGCUUUUCUUCCCUGGACGAGAAUGGGAAACAUGAGGGGAUGGGGAGGACCCCUGCCGAAUUCCUGGCACGAGCACACGGUUUCUCUUCAGCAUAAAAUACUAGACAGAAUGAGGGAACUUGGAAUUAUUCCCAUUCUUCCAGCCUUCGCUGGACACGUUCCAAGGGCUUUUGCCAGAAUUUUUCCACAGGCCAAUAUGACGAAAAUCGGUAGUUGGAAUGGUUUUCAAGACCAGUAUUGUUGUCCUUUACUGGUGGAACCAACUGAUCCCCUCUUCAAGGUCAUUGGUCAGAAGUUCUUGCGUGCGUACAUCGAGGAAUUUGGAACAGAUCACGUCUACAAUUGCGACACCUUCAACGAGAACGAGCCCUUGAGCACUGGGUUGCAGUCCCUGAGGAACAUUGGGCAGGCUGUGUUCGCGAGUAUGACCGAGGUUGACCCCCAGGCAAUAUGGGUCAUGCAGGGCUGGCUUUUCGUCAACGCCCUGGAUUUUUGGACUGAACCCAGGGUCGAAGCAUUCGUCACAUCGGUCCCAAUCGGGAAGAUGAUCGUCCUGGAUCUCCAGUCAGAACAGUUUCCACAAUAUUCGAGGCUGAAGUCCUAUUAUGGACAGCCAUUCAUCUGGUGCAUGCUCCAGAAUUUCGGAGGAACACUGGGAAUGUUCGGGUCAGCCAGGAUAAUCAACAGACGAAUCUUCGACGCCAGAAGUAUGAAAGGAAGUACGAUGAUCGGGACAGGUUUGACACCAGAAGGAAUAAACCAGAAUUACGUAAUCUUCGAAUUAAUGAAUGAAAUGGCGUACAGACGUGAACCAGUUGAUCUCAACGCAUGGUUCGAAAACUAUGCGACGAGGCGAUACGGUGCCUGGAACGAGUAUGCGACGGACGCUUGGCGGCUUUUAGGAAGAACUGUUUAUAAUUUCGUUGGCAUUGAGAGGAUUCGAGGACAUUAUGUCCUCACCAGGCGACCAAGCUUGAAUAUUAAGACUUGGAGCUGGUACGACCCACAAGAGCUUUGGAGUGCCUGGACCACCUUCCUAAAAGCUCGCCACGGAAGAGUAAACAAUACCCUCUACCAGCACGACCUCGUGGACCUCACGAGACAAUCGAUUCAACUUCGAAUCGAUGACACUUACGAGGACCUGAUGAGGGCGUACGCAAUAAAAAAUUUAACAAAAUUCCGAAACGUCUCGAGAGACUUUUUGGAGCUUUUCGAUUACGUCGAGAAUAUCCUCUCGACGAACGAACAUUUUCUCCUGGGGAAGUGGAUCGGUGAAGCUAGAUCACUGGGCACCACGGAAGAGGAGCGCCAAUUGUACGAGUACAAUGCUCGUAAUCAGAUAACAUUGUGGGGCCCGAAGGGUGAAAUUAGAGACUACGCGAAUAAACAGUGGUCUGGGGUUGUGUUGGAUUACUUCAAGCCGAGGUGGAUCAUAUUUUUGAAGGCACUGGACGACUCCCUGGCACUUGGAAAAAAAUUCAAUAGUACUCUAGUUAAUCAGAGGAUCUUUGAUGAGGUUGAAAAACCGUUUACGUUCGCGAGGAAGCCAUAUCCGAGUGAGUCGAAAGGUGAUGCAAUUACCGUUGCCCUCUCCUUAAAGAAGAAGUGGGCGGAAUCCGGGGGAAUUGGUCCAAUAAAGCCCCGAAGAAAUACAAAACUGAGAGGAUAAUUAAAUUCCUCGAUUUAAUAUUGUUCUUCGAGAAAAAUAAUAAUUAUUCCACUUACCUCAUUCCGAGAAUAUAAAUCGCAUCGCAAAGGGACCGGGGCAUAAUUCAGCUGUCGAAAAGAAGAAUAACAUCAAUAUAAGAUGGGAAAAUUUUUAGAAGAAUUAUUAUUAAAUAUCCAUUGCAUUACAAUUUUUUAAUUACAAUAAUAAAUCUUUCUAUACGUUACAUAUGAAUUAAAUUACCACCUCUAUCGUGAGCUUUUGAUA